AUGCCCGGAGCCAGAACGAGUCUGCAGGCGCAGCCCGCCGUAAAGAGCAUCAUGGUUUACCGGAACGGGGAAACCGGCCGCGGGCCGCGCCGCGUGGUCGUGCACGAGAAGCGCGUGAGCAGCCUGGAGGCGCUGCUGCGCGAUCUGAGCGGAGGCACGCGGAGGCUGCACACACCGCACGGCCACAGAGUGGGGGCGCUGCAGGACAUCCAGCACCGCGGCGCCUACGUAGCGGUGGGACCAGAGAGCUUCAGAAAAAUAGACUAUUUGCAAACAGGAAGUAGGAAUAAACAAACUCCUCAGAGCAAUGGAGUGGUGAAACCAGUGCCUCAAAACCGUAUCAACGUUUCAGCCAGAUUCCUCAAGCCAAUCAAAGAGCCAUGUACAAUAUUUGUUGUAGCGAAUGGAGACGUGUUGAAUCCAGCAGUGAGAUUUCUGCUUCCACAUCGUAUUCUGGGUCAGUUUGAGCGGAUCCUGGAGAUGAUUACUGAGAAGAUGGGGCUGAGGAUUCUGGGAGGAGUGCACAGUCUAUAUACAUUUGAUGGCAUCUCUGUAACGGAUGGAAAGGACUUGGAAAAUGGCCAGUUUUACGUUGCGGUGGGCAGAGAUAAGUUUAAGAGGCUCCCCUAUGCUGACCUACUGUUCACUAAGCCCAUGGGCAUGAGGAGAGUUGUCGGAUCAAAAGCAGCGUCCCUACCCCCAAUAUAUGGAUUUAGAAGACAAAAUGGAGAUCUGGGAAACCGCCUCAGUAAGUCGACCGCAGGUUGUGGUGACUCUGGGGAGUCGAAGACCAGUCCACCAGCCCAUAGCACCAAACAGCCACUUUACUCUUUGGUGCGAGAGAUCUCCCAGGCCAGACUUGUAACUCUUCGGAAAAAACGCAGCGGACUGACGAUGUCCCUGAGUGCCCAGGAGAAUGAUAGCCAGGAGGUAGACUUCUUCAUUACGUGA